CCGUUCGGCAGCAGCGGCGGCGCGGGGUGAAAGGGCGGCGGCGGCGGCGGCGACGGCGGGUCGUGGAGGCCGUGGGCGCUGACACCGACACCGGUCCCGGCCCGCGAGGAGAAGUGCGAUGGCGGACAACGAGGACCAGACGAUGGAGCUCGAAGUUCUGCGCUCCAUUUAUGAAGGAGACGAAUGUUUUAAAGAACUUAGUCCAACAUCUUUUCAAUAUCGGAUAGGUGACCAUGAUGACCCUAAGGCCUUCCUACUUGAAAUAUCAUGGCCUGAAAUGUACCCAGAACUGCCCCCAAACAUAUCGCUGAAUGCCUUCUUCAACAAUGGCAUUGCCACGUCAGUGAAGCAAAAUAUAAUAGCCAUGCUGCAGGAGCAGGUUGAAGCAAACCUCGGGACUGCUAUGAUGUACACGCUGUUUGAAUGGGCUAAAGACAACCAGCAACAACUCAUGGAAAACCACCGGCUAGUAGUCAACACAAUGACUACGUCAACGAAUGAAGAUUCUGUACCUUCAAAUAUUCCAUCGUCCAAGAAGAAAGAGAAAAAAGAACAACUAACAAAGUCUCAAAAGAAAAAGUUGGCUGAUAAGACAGAUCACCAGGGGGAGCUGCCGCGAGGCUGGAAUUGGGUGGAUGUCGUGAAGCAUUUGAGCAAAACCGGCUGCAAGGACGAGGAGUGACCCGAGUUUAUGGAUUAGCGUGAACUUGUAGAUUAUCAGAUUUUUAUUGCGCUACAGUGCGUCUGUUUCCUGUGUUUCUGUGGAGCAUCUCUAUGGUAAAAUAACAGCACCUUUUGAUAUGAACUUAUUGUUUCUUUUAACUCCUGCAAGCCACCUGCACAUUACCACGGUAUUACAGUGCACUAAACAUGUCAUCUCAAUCAAUCUGUCUAUUUAAAAAUCAAAUUUAAAAAAAGAAUAAUAAUACCUGCGGACUUGGCCGCACGGUAACGGUUUGCUGAAGGGCAUAAAUACUUAGUGAAGUUUAUCUCAGUUUUUAACUAUUGUUCACUGAGCCAACAUUUUCCCAAACAGCAUGGUAACAAUAGUGAACCAUCUACAAUCACGCUGUUCUGUAAGUUCAAUGAAGACAGCAUCAUGUAUGGACUAAAUAAGCCAGGAACAUUCACGUUUCCUGGAAAUCCUCAAGGUUUUAAUAAAGCUUUAAAUAUUUUUUA